ACGGCGGAGGAAAAGAAGUCCCACAAGGCAGAAAGCAUGAUUAAUACACAGGCUUUCCGUUUUCUCGCAUUCGAACUCUCGACAAUUUGUUUCCGGGGUGUAGGUGUCACGUGUUUGCUCGAUUCGCCGUGAUCCAAUGACGCACGGUGCUCCACCCAAACACGGAUCGCGACUCCACCGACACGCCAUAAACAUUCACGCGUUAAGCUGUGCUUCGCUGUGGGGCACACCUAGGAUGGCUCUACCUGCCGUAAUAUUUGUAACCUUUGGAACCAGAUCGACCUCAUGCGGCACUUCAGUUCACCUGUAUGAAAGAACUCUAGCUUAUUUGGCAUACCGAAAUUUGUCGUUCUAGGAUUUCAGUCAGGCUACUAACGGUGAUUUGCGAACCUCUAUCAGCGGCGCGCGCACCUGUCGUGCGCGAAGCUGAGACGCGCCUUUUAUCCUUGGUUAGAUCCCACUUCUCAGGAUGAACCCCAGGCCCUCGAUGGCUACAGAAGACAUUGCUACUACGGCCGAGACUUCCUUACCCCCAAGAAGGCGACCGCUACGAACAUAUGGGAAACGAAAGGCAGUUAUAGAACGCGACUCGGACAAGCCUCAGCCGAAGCGAAUCCGGGUCCCAGAAGCUAUACAGGCUACGGAGCCCCGAGGCCACCCACCAAGGAUUGAGUUGCCGUUCGAGGAAUCUUGCAUUUACGUUCGAACGUCGCCAACUCCAUCACCAUCCCCGUCACCAUCUCCAUCUGCAUCUCCGGCCAAAAAGGCUCCAAAAUCCUCCAUAUUACGAUAUUUCAAGAAAACCGCAGCUACCCCUGCACCCCUUCCCAGUCCGACAAGGUCACAAACAGCCGACCAUUCAGAAACACCCUCGUCGCCUGUGAUCUCCCCUCCUCCCAAACGAAGCUUGCGCGCUCCUAGACGACUUACCACUCGGCCAUCAAGAAUCAUCGACGCAAGAGAUGACAGCCCAUCUGAUUCUAUACAUGAUACCAACCGGUCUACUGAAACCCUAGACGCGGACCAAUUUUCUCCGGGAAAUGUUCGAACCACGAUAAAGGAGGACUCGGCAAACCCGAGAAGGACGAAGCCAUGCGACUGCCAAUUCAAGCCCUGCUCGCACCAAAACAAGCCGGGCUCUAGGCGGGCCGUAAAGUCGCCCACUAGCACCAUCCAAAUGACACUUAGUCUGUCAGCACGGAGCAGCAGUAUCACACAGUGUCGGGAAUGUGACAUGCUCUACAACCCACUACACCCAAGCGACGUCAAAAACCACUCAAGACACCAUGCCGCAUUGGCCAAGAUCAAGGCUCAAGGCUAAGAUCUGCAUGUCACUCGGAGGAUUGAGUGGAGGAGUGAAUCAAAUUGAUGGCCAAUAUUUGUGCCUUUUCAUGGAAGCAUAGCGUGCGUACUUAGAUAUUUGCAAUUAUACCCAAUUUACAUUUAUGUUCUCUACA